GUUGGGCGUUGGCCCUUUGUGUUGAUUGUUUAAUUUCGUGUGGCUCUGAUAAGACUAGUAGUAGCAGCAUACUGCACCUCUCCUACAUCCUCAACCAAUACAUCCACAAACUCACCACCGCGGCUAAAUGGCGGCAACCUCGGAGCUUUACCCCCUUAAGCUCGUUUUAGACCAAAAACAUCUCACCCGCCCUUCUCAUGCCAUUAACUUAUCCUUCAGCUCCAGCCAACUCGAAUUUCACCUCCUUAGAAAAAAGUAUUUGUCUGCUGCCGAAUUCCGCGUUUUGCACAAGAGACGGCGUCACAGUUUGGAGGUCUGCUGCCGUGCCACUGGCGCUGCUCCUUCCGCCGCGGAAAUUGAAUCCGCCAUUCGUGCAGGCAAAGACCGCCUUUUGAAGGUGCCCUCGUCGAAUAUAAGGAACUUCUGCAUUAUAGCACAUAUUGAUCAUGGGAAAUCAACGCUGGCGGAUAAAUUGCUGCAGAUAACUGGCACCGUGGAGAGCAGAGAAAUGAAGGAGCAGUUUCUCGAUAAUAUGGACUUGGAGAGAGAAAGAGGCAUCACUAUCAAAUUGCAGGCUGCACGGAUGCGUUAUAUUCAUAACAGUGAACCUUAUUGCCUGAAUCUUAUCGACACACCUGGUCAUGUUGACUUCUCCUAUGAGGUUUCUCGCUCUCUUGCGGCCUGUGAAGGAGCUCUUCUUGUUGUAGAUGCCUCCCAGGGGGUGGAGGCCCAAACAUUGGCCAAUGUGUAUUUGGCCUUGGAAAACAACCUUGAAAUCAUUCCAGUUUUGAACAAGAUAGAUCUUCCAGGUGCAGAGCCAGAACGUGUUUGCCGAGAGAUAGAAGAGAUUGUUGGUCUUGAUUGUAGCGAUGCAAUUUACUGCUCAGCAAAGGAAGGACUAGGUAUUAAUGAGAUCCUAAGAGCAAUUGUUCAAAAGGUCCCUCCUCCUCCGGACACAGCAGAAAGGCCUUUGAGGGCUCUCAUAUUUGAUAGUUACUAUGAUGCUUACCGAGGAGUCAUUGUAUAUUUUCGACUGAUUGAUGGGAGCAUAAAAAGGGGUGACCGAAUACUGUUUAUGGCCAGUGGAAAGGAUUAUUAUGCUGAUGAAGUUGGAUUUUUAUCUCCAAACCAGUUGCAGGUUGAUCGGUUAAAUGCUGGAGAGGUCGGUUAUCUUUCCGCUUCCAUAAGAUCAGUGGCAGAUGCUAGAGUUGGUGAUACAAUCACACAUUAUAGCAGAAAGGCUGAAGAAUCUCUUCCUGGAUACAAGGAGAUCACACCAAUGGUCUUCUGUGGCCUGUUUCCUGUUGAUGCUGACCAGUUUCACGAUUUGCGUGAUGCUUUAGAGAAAUUACAGCUUAAUGAUGCUGCUUUAAAGUUUGAGCCAGAGACCUCGAGUGCCAUGGGAUUUGGAUUUAGAUGUGGUUUCCUUGGUCUUCUUCAUAUGGAAAUUGUUCAGGAAAGGCUGGAACGUGAGUACAAUUUGAGUUUAAUAACCACAGCCCCAAGUGUGGUCUACAAAGUGACUUGCGCAAGUGGUGAUAUUGUCGAAUGCUCAAAUCCGUCCUUACUUCCUGAAGCUGGAAACAGAAGGUUAAUUGAAGAGCCGUAUGUUAAGAUUGAAAUGCUCACUCCAAAAGAUUAUAUUGGUGCACUUAUGGAGCUUGCUCAGGAACGAAGAGGAGAAUUCAAAGAAAUUAAGUUCAUUACUGAAAUCAGAGCAUCACUUCUUUAUGAGUUACCCCUGGCUGAGAUGGUAGGUGACUUCUUUGAUCAGCUGAAGUCGAGGAGCAAAGGCUAUGCUAGCAUGGAGUACUCCUUCAUUGGGUACAGGGAGAGUGACUUAGUAAAGCUUGACAUUCAAAUUAAUGGGGAGCCGGUAGACCCUUUAUCAACUAUUGUGCAUAAAGACAAGUCUUAUGCUGUUGGUAGGGCUUUAACUCAAAAAUUGAAGGAACUAAUACCGAGACAAAUGUUUAAAGUUCCAAUCCAGGCAUGCAUAGGCGCCAAGGUGAUUGCUAGUGAAGCUUUAUCUGCUAUCAGGAAAGACGUUCUUGCCAAAUGCUAUGGUGGGGACAUCACAAGAAAAAAGAAGCUUCUGAAAAAACAGGCUGAGGGAAAGAAGAGAAUGAAAGCAAUCGGUAAGGUCGACGUACCACAAGAAGCAUUCAUGGCUGUAUUGAAACUUGAAAAAGAGGUAUUGUGAUUUUGCAUAUAAGUUGUGUACAGAAGAUAUAUCAAUCCGAAGCAGCAUUCGUGAAUCGGAGAUAUACAUCGAAAAAUGUCCAAGGCAUUCCAACUCAUGUACUGCUGUAAACAUGAAAUUUUGCAAAGAAAUUAAUGGGUUAUGAAUCUCAA